AUGUCGGGACCAACAGAUAGCCACCCUCCAAAUGGCAAUGGACCCGUACUCAAGAAGAAAUCAGUUAAAGAUUAUCAAUUUGGAACCCGAAUUGGAGAAGGAUCAUACUCGACUGUGUUUUCAGCUGUUGACAUUCAUAGCAACAAAACCUUCGCUAUUAAGGUACUUUCGAAAAAGCACAUCGUCAAGGAAGAUAAGAUCAAGUAUGUGAAUAUCGAAAAAACUACGCUACACAGAUUGGGACAGCAGCACCCGGGGAUUGUUCAGUUGUACUAUACCUUUCAGGAUGAGAGUAGUCUUUUUUUUGUGUUGGAUUUCGCCGAGUACGGAGAGCUACUCUCCAUCAUCCGAAAGUUUGGAUCGUUGUCAGAAUCGGUCCUGAAGUACUACAUGAGUCAAAUAUUGGAUGCAGUGAGCUUUAUUCACCUGAAGGGAGUCAUUCAUAGAGAUUUGAAGCCAGAAAAUAUCUUGGUGGGCCAUGAUUUCAAUUUAAAGAUUACUGAUUUCGGGGCUGCAAAGCUUCUUGGUAACACUUCUGACACUUCUGAUGAAUCCGGUGAAAAAAUCGAUUAUAAGGGCAUAAAUCAAGAGUCUAGUAACGGACACCACGAUCAUGAUCGCAGAGGUUCGUUUGUGGGAACUGCGGAAUACGUAUCUCCCGAAUUGUUAAAGCAUAAUUUGUGUGGGUUUGAAUCUGAUGUAUGGGCUCUCGGCUGUAUAUUGUAUCAAUUUUUUCAUGGCAAUCCGCCAUUUAAGGGUUCUACUGAAUAUUUGACUUUUGAGAAGAUAAUCAACGUUGAAUACAGUUAUCGUAACGCAAUCCCACCGGAUAUCGCAAGUAUUAUUGACCAAUUGUUAGUAGCUGAGCCUCUGCAGAGGCUUACAAUCCCCCAAAUUAUGGCAAGUAAGUGGUUCCGUGACGUUCAUUGGGCUGACCAGACUUACAUUUGGGGACGCAAGGUUCCAAGAAUUGAGCCUUACAGCAUGGAUAAUGGAACAAGCAGCUCAUUACCCACACCAUCGGCUUCGCCUUAUAUCCCUGCUGUGAAGACAGGAUCGAAUAGAAAUAUGAACAAAUCUUCUUCGUACCAUCAGCUACAUUCUCAAAUUCAACAACUAGAUUUGAAUUUAAUUCCAUCCAUGGGCACGAAGUCUUAUCAGCCUGCAACCAAAUUAAAGAAGAAUUUUAUGCAACCACCAACUAAUACAUCAUCGGAAGUUCCAUUAACUCCACCAUUAAUAAACAAUUAUAAAUCAUCGGCUCAAUUCAAUCAACGGCCAAUUCAGAAGCAACGUCAAAAUAGUGCACCAAUGGUUCCACAAGUGAACAAUAGCGCCAAUAAUAUGAUGAGACCAAAUAUGUCAAAUGCUCCUAAGACUCCAGAAACAGAGCAUGGAUUUCCUAAGCCCAACCCAUCUCCGGAUUCGAAUAAAGGACAACGUGCAAAUUUGCGUUCUAACACUGCAUUUGCAAGUAUACCUAAUUCGCUGCAGGCUAGAAAUUUUCAUAAUAGACAAUACUCAACAGGUUCCGCCCAAUUUUAUAAUAAACCAGUCCUGCAACCAGGACCUUCAGCACAACCAGUACAACAAGCACAACAAGUGCAACAAGCGCAACAAGUGCAACAAGCGCAACAAGUGCAACAAGUGCAACAAUUCCCACAAGCGCAAAACCAGCAACAACAAAUAAGUUCUCAAGUGAAUCAACCAUCGUAUGCAGCUGCUGCUGCUGCAAACGUAUCUCAGAAACCCAAUGCGCCAACGGGACCUCAUAUGAACAGGAAUUCUCCUGUAGAAAGGGCUAACUUCCAACGUCCAUCACCUCCUGUUUCAAGACCAAAGUCUCCCCAACAAGACUCCACAAGAUUUGUAAGAAAGACAAGUGGUACAAGAGCCAAUCAAUCAGCAAUGAAUGGAAACGAACCAUCUGUUCAACAAAAGUCUAGUCCGAAGCCUGAUGAUAAGAGUAUUUUGUUCAGGGAAAUACAUGGCCUUCUCGAACCUACUGAGAAGAUUUUGAAGAUGGACAUCAUCAUGCGACUGACUUUGAGUAAUAAGGAGGUUAAAAGAGAUACUUCACAACUGCUAGAUGAUUCCAUGAUUGAUGAUUUGAUCACAAGAUUUAAUAGCACGUUACAGAACACGUCAAUACCUGUCGUUACGGUAAUUACAAAUCAAGCUCGAGUAUUUUUUAUUGAUGGCUCACUCAAUGUCAUGAUGGUUGAUUUGAAAGCGAAUCAAGGUGGAGAUUAUCUGAUGUAUGACUACGAAUUCGAAGGAAUUAGUGUCGAGGAUGAGGAUGGUAGUAUUGAAGAAGGACAAGAGAUAUACGGAUAUCUAAUCUUGGAGUUAAUAAGAGAAAAAGGUGAUUUGAUAUUUCUUAAGAGAGUAAGUGAUAUGAAUUCGCCUUUAAUCAAGAAUUCUGUAAAAGUUAUCGAUAAGGAUGGACAUGAAAUCAAACUUGGGAAAAACUACGGGUGGAUUGAAUGCCUUCUUAUGGCUAAGGAAAUGGUGGAUUGUAAUAAGACAUCCAGUAAUGGCAAAACAAAGAAAGCCACAAAACAAGCACCUAAAGGACCAAGCAAAAAGCAAAAGCAAAAAGUGCCUAGCUCGGGUAGUACAAGAUCAGAGACUUCUUCUAGUGCACCUAAAAAUGCUAACACACUUAGUAAAUUUGCUUAUGCUGCUGCUGCGGCCGCUCACAAGUAA